AUGAGCACUUCCUUUGUGUGUGUGUUAGGUGCAAGUGGUGAAUCUACUCUUGAGAGUGAAACGGAAACUCUUCCUGCUGAAGGUUCUACUAAAGCUUGUACGGCUACUACUAAGCCUUCUUGUAAAGAAGAGAAACCGGCUCUUCCACUACCACCGGAACCGAUACCUGGACAGUCUGAUCAGGAUUCUCGUCUUGAUGGACCGCCUGCGGCGUCUGGAGGUGGGGGAGUAGGUUCUGGUGCUCCUGGAAUUUCACCGGUUCCUCCAUUGUCUUCUGCUGUUGCCCAGGGUACCGACAAUGAAGGAGAAAAGCUUCAAUCUUUAACACAGAAAGACGGUAAACUGCAAGCCACAGAAGACUCCAAAAGGAAGUUGUCCGGCGACUCUCCUGAGAAAAAGAAUGACGGUGCUCAGGAAGGAGUGUCUUUGCAAGAAGGGAAAAAUCAAGAUGGAUUGCAGGAAAACGAGGUGCUGGAUAAAAAUGUUGCUUCUCCUCCUGUUGUUAGUACUACUUCUGCUGAAGAAAGUGAUGGUGCGUCUGCAAGUGAAGUUACAUCUGGAACUAGCGACACCAGUGCUUCAAGUGGAAGUGUACCCAUCAAUGGUGAUUCCGUCACAGAAUCAUCUUCUUCAAGCAGUACAGUCACACAGAACAAUGGCGAAUCUGAAACCACAACGACUGGGAAUGACACUACACCUGAAGGGAGUGAGUCAUUAAGUAACCAAAAUGAGGUGGGAAAUACAGAAUCAACCACCACCACCACCACCACCACNUCUCUUCUCUUCCUUCAUCUCACCAACUUCAUCGUGAUGCUGCUGUUAAACCUGCUGCUCCUGGUUCUCAUGAUUCUCACCCUUCUUAUGGUAUGUCUCUUUUAA